UUCAAAAUGGCGGUACAAAUUGUGCAGUGUAACCUUCUUAGUAGUUAAAAGUAUGCAAUAUUCAAUGGGUUAUUGUUAUCUUUGACAAUGAAUAUCAGUCAAACAAAUUCAUAUGGCAAUGGGCUGCUGUAUGCAGGCUUCAAUCAAGACCAAGGUUGCUUUUCUUGUGGUAUGGAGAACGGCUUUAGGAUAUACAACUGCGAUCCGCUGAAAGAAAAAGAGCGUCAAGAUUUCCCAGAUGGUGGUAUCAACUAUGUGGAAAUGCUUUUUCGAUGUAAUUAUCUGGCACUUGUUGGAGGCGGACAAAAUCCAAAGUAUCCAAAGAACAAAGUGAUGGUUUGGGAUGACUUGAAAAAGAAGUGUGUCAUAGAGUUGAAUUUCUCUAGUGAUGUCAAGGCAGUGAAGCUUAGAAGAGACAGGAUAGUAGUUGUGCUGGCAGAGCUUAUCAAAGUCUUCACAUUUACACAGAAUCCUCAACAACUUCAUGUGUUUGAGACAGCAAUUAAUCCCAAAGGUUUGUGUGUCCUUUGUCCAAGCAGUAACAACUCUUUACUAGCAUUUCCUGCACGUAAGAUGGGACAUGUUCAGAUUGUUGACUUGGCCAACACAGAACGUGCUCCACAAGAGAUUGCUGCUCAUGAGGCUGCACUGAGUUGCAUUGCCAUGAAUUUACAAGGAACAAGACUAGCAACAGCUUCUGAGAAGGGAACUCUGAUAAGAGUUUUUGAUACAAGUAAUGCAGUACAACUGCACGAAUUGAGACGAGGAUCAGGAAGUGCUAAUAUUUACUGUAUAAACUUCAACCAUGACUCAGAACUUUUGUGUGUAUCAAGUGAUCAUGGUACAGUUCACAUCUUUGCCAUUGAAGAUCCAAAGAAAAAUAAACAGUCAAGUCUUGCCACAGCCCACAACUUUCUUCCAAAAUACUUCAGCUCUAAGUGGAGCUUUUCAAGAUUUCAAGUUCCUGGUGACCCACACUGUGUUUGUGCAUUUGGAAGUGAAAAAAACACUGUCAUAGCUAUUUGUGCAGAUGGCAGUUAUUAUAAGUUUGCUUUUAAUUCCAAAGGAGAGUGUUCACGAGACGCCUAUGCACAGUUCCUUCAGAUGACAGACGGAGAUUGAACUACUCGCUCAUUCAAUUAGUUUCUAUUUCGAAUCUUAUGCUGUUACGAACGAUCACUCUAGGAUGCAAAAUAUAUUUUUUAAUUAUUAGUUAUGAAUCACCUUUUUCCAACUUUGAUGGGGGAUGUUUGAUGCUUGGCAUGAUUGGAAAGAAAAUUAUGUACAUGAAUACAACAAAUGGGAAGAACUGAAUGUCACCCCAAGCAAUUGGUAAAUUGUAGCACUUCUCGUAUUUAAGUAACACUAGUAAGCUAUCUCUGGUUUCUAAUAGUAGUGUCGCACUUCUUUACCCUGUAGCUCACGAGAAAGUUGAAAGUAUUUCAGUAAAAGAUAAUAUAUAACUGGAAAACAAUUCCUGUAUUAAUAUUAGAUACUAGCAGCAGUAAUGGAUUGCUUUGGAACAGUGUUGACAGACAACCGUUUGGAGGACAUUUUUCAGCUCUAAAACCUCGCUUCCGAGCGAUGUCAAGCCCCCUUCCCCGCCAAAACACAGCGUCAUAAAUGAGUAGUGGUUUCGUCUCUUUUGCAAGGAUGUAACAAGCUCCUCAGAGGGUCUUGUAAUUGGUUUGUACAAUGGCUUAAUGAAACGCGAAAGCGUUCCUUUUGUGAAUAACUUAAAAAAAUCGAAUACAUUUAUGCGUCAUUCACAAAUCCAUGAAAACUGAGAAAUUAAAACGAUUGGAAUAGUGCAUGUGUAGUGUAAAGAAUUGUAUUAGAUAACUAUUUUAGUAUUAAAAGUUCUAUCCUGUUUUUAA